CAAAAUCUAUUUUUUCCCCGGGCGUGGUUUGCACUCAGCAUUCCUUGAUACAUGUCAUGUGACCGAGGAUUAAUUUAAACAGUACAUUAAAAGGGGCUGGAAUAGGGUCAGGUUUAGAGAAAGUCCGUCGUGUUUCUUAUGCAGUAUAGCCUGCCUAAGUGUGUUUAGAUAGUUUGAAAUAAACAAACCAGGGUAUGAACGAGAAGGAUGACGAACAGCUUGGGGCGUUUGAUCCCAACAUUCCAGAGGAGGGUCCGUCGGCGCCCCCUCCUGGCUGGCUGGACUGUGUGACAGGGUACGAUGAGCCCAAAGGGGGAGACACAGGAGACCAGCUGUACCCUCCUCCUCCUGCCUACAACCCUCAACCUGAGAAUGACAGGAAUGCAUCCGUCCCUAACGUCAGGGUACCUCAAGUGUCAGAGAGUGUGGCUAGGGAAGCUCUCCUGAAGUUUGUGGGCUCCAAAUGGUCCAAAAGCAGCAAGCCUGCCAGAAACCUGACCUUCAAGGAGUUACAACCUAUCACAAUGUAUCGGUAUCGUUUGGAGACAUAUACUGAGUCCAGAUCCAGUGCCUGGGAGAUGGAGCCAUUUACUGGCCAGGUGGUAGACGGACCUCAGUACGGGAUGAGCCCUCCUCCGUGGGACGUCCCGGUGCAACAGCCGCAGAGAUACAUCGAUGUGAUCCUGAAAGUGCGUGUCCCUCACUCCUCCUUUGUAAAGACGUGCCACCGGUGCCAUGGCUGUGGUAGGACGCGCUGCACACACUGUGCAGGGAGGGGAAAUAGGCGGUGUCCGUUCUGCCACGGACAUGGUCGCAGGACAACAGGACAUGGACGUAACAACAGGGCCGGAAACAACAGAUGUUCCAGCUGCCAAGGGAGGGGGAGGAAGAGAUGCACGUUCUGCCAUGGACACGGACACAAGACCUGCCCCACCUGUCAGGGCAACAGAAACCUGAUGCACUUCAUUCAGCUCACCAUCACAUGGAAGAACCACGUGUUUGAGUUCGUACCGGACCGGCUGCCUGAGUUCCCUCUCAAGAAGUUUGAGAAGGUGUCUGGGGACGCCUUCUUCAUUGAUGAAAGUAUUCUGGUGUACCCCAUCGUGGGUUUUCCUGACCAGGAGAUCUGUGACGCCUCCAGGAAGGCGUCUCAGGAACACCACAGCAAGUUCUCACCACAGCAAGUUCCCUGUCGCAUCCUACAACAGGUGAGUUAUCUCUGGGCCUAUAGCUGGUGUCCUGGUCCAAUUCUCAUCCUACAACAGGUGAGUUAUCUCUGGGCCUAUAGCUGGUGUCCUGGUCCAAUACUCAUCCUACAACAGGUGAGUUAUCUCUGGGCCUAUAGCUGGUGUCCUGGUCCAAUUCUCAUCCUACAACAGGUGAGUUAUCUCUGGGCCUAUAGCUGGUGUCCUGGUCCAAUAGCUGGUGUCCUGAUCCAAUUCUCAUCCUACAACAGGUGAGUUAUCUCUGAGCCUAUAGCUGGUGUCCUGGUCCAAUUCUCAUCCUACAACAGGUGAGUUAUCUCUGGGCCUAUAGCUGGUGUCCUGGUCCAAUUCUCAUCCUACAACAGGUGAGUUAUCUCUGGGCUUAUAGCUGGUGUCCUGGUCCAAUAGCUGGUGUCCUGGUCCAAUUCUCAUCCUACAACAUGUGAGUUAUCUCUGGGCCUAUAGCUAGUGUCCUGGUCCAAUAGCUGGUGUCCUGGUCCAAUUCUCAUCCUACAACAGGUGAGUUAUCUCUGGGCCUAUAGCUGGUGUCCUGGUCCAAUUCUCAUCCUACAACAGGUGAGUUAUCUCUGGGCCUAUAGCUGGUGUCCUGGUCCAAUUCUCAUCCUACAACAGGUGAGUUAUCUCUGGACCUAUAGCUGGUGUCCUGGUCCAAUACUCAUCAAACAACAGGUGAGUUAUCUCUGGGCCUAUACAUGGUGUCCUGGUCCAAUACUCAUCCUACAACAGGUGAGUUAUCUCUGGGCCUAUAGCUGGUGUCCUGGUCCAAUACUCAUCCUACAACAGGUGAGUUAUCUCUGGGCCUAUAGCUGGUGUCCUGGUCCAAUACUCAUCCUACAACAGGUGAGUUAUCUCUGGGCCUAUAGAUGGUGUCCUGGUCCAAUACUCAACCUACAACAGGUGAGUUAUCUCUGGGCCUAUAGCUGAUGUCCUGUUCUAAUUCUCAUCCUACAACAGGUGAGUUAUCUCUGGGCCUAUAGCUAGUGUCCUGGUCUAAUACUCAUGAUUUUCUCUCUCUCUCUCUCUCUCUCUCUCUCUCUCUCUCUCUCUCUCUCUCUCUCUCUCUCUCUCUCUCUCUCUCUCGUCAGUCACUCCUGCUUUCUUCCAUCUUUCCUUUCCUUCCUUCCUCCUCUGUCAGUAGAAUCCUGCAAUAUGAGUUACACCUGUAAGUGUUCUGUCCCAAUACAACUCAACUGCAUUCUUUCAUACUUCCUUCGUCCUCUCCUCUGUCAGUCGCAUCCUGCAGCCAGUGAGUCUGCUCUGGGGCUUUUCACAAUACCGAACCUAACCAAGCCGAGUCAGACCGAGCCGUACUGAGCUAGCCUGAUUACUUUUCCAGCAGAGUAUCUGGAGUCAACCCAGUUUGAUUUGGGUCAGGAUGAUAGUGUGGAAAGGGUAUCUCAGCCUGUAAUACUCCUGAACGGACUUCUCCCCUCCGGCCGUGCCCCACCUGAGGCCCGUUUCUUUACUGUUCAACUGCAGCCUUUCUUCCUUAAAAAAAACUCAAAUGUGAUUACCUUUAACGGCCACUAGAGGCCAGCACUGACAUAAAUAUAGCAGAUCCUUCCUGGAUAGAGGCUCUGUUGAUCAUGUGUAGUAAUAUCUACUCAAAUGCUUCUGUUUGUUCACAGCGUCAAACCAUUGAGUUGGUUCCCAUCACUCACGCCUUCUAUUCCUACAGUGGAAAAGACUAUGACUACUUUGUUUACGGUCUCGAGAAUAAGGUUUUCACUCCUAAAUAUCCUUCCGCCUGUGUUAUAUUAUAAAAGGAAACAUCUCAUGAUAAUGUUAAUGUUAGUCCUGUCCUUUGUUUUUUUUUAAUGAAUAUUUUACAGUCAUAGUCAUUACAAUAUACUUUACUUAUUGUUGUCGUAUAAUCAAGGAGAUAAGGAAUGUCUACAGUGUUCUAGAAAAGUGUAACUACCGUCUUAUUGAUUGUGUAUAGACAAAAGUCUAUCCUGACAUUUUUACAUUUGUAAUUAUUAUCUUUUUUUUUUAACUCAAAAGGGUGCUAGCCAUGUUGAAACUCAAUGUAAAACCAGUGCCUGUUCAUUCCAGCCAUUCCAACCACUGAUUUUUCCAUCACACCAUUGAAUUGAAAGUAUAUGCUAUACUAUAACAAUAAUAUCCAAAGUUUAUGAAGUUGGAUAAUGGAAUAUUUUAUUCUGAAUUCUGUUACGUUUGUCUGUACCUCCGAGGCCUCUCCAGUUUUGAUCAUAGAGAUGGAACUAUAGAACAUAGAAUGAGAAGCGGAAUCCUUUUAAUUCUAUGAUGAAUCUAGUCAAUCUGUCUCUAUGGUUCUGGAUCAUCCACUGAGGUGUGGAUAUCCACUGUGUGUUUAUAAUUGUAAUCAUCUAAAUGUUUUUUUUAUAUAUAUAUAAAUCUGAAUUUUAAUACAUGCACCUUACAACCUAUAUGCAAAAUAAAAACAACUUUUCUAUACCCUGUAUUUUAUACCUGUAUUUUAUAAUUAAUUUAUAAUUAAAACAAAUAUGAUUUUGAA